AUGAGCAUCUCCGACACCACACCCGUGGGCGGCGUCGCUCCAUCCACCAAGCUCGCCGCGGUCGCCAAACCCAGCGCACCCCGGCGCAAUCGCAUCCGCCGCGGCCAGAAGCUCGACGAGGUGGUGCUGCUUGCCGAGCAGCGCAUGCACUCUUCCGACGAGCCGCGAUCCACAGCCACUGUCGCUGCACCGGCAGCGUCGUCUUCUUCCGCUGCCGGUCCUUCGUCGGCAGCAGGAGGCGAGAGCCCGUUCCAGCUGCAAGAGUACCUGGCGAUGCUGGUGCGUCGCGACCCGCACGCUGUCGAAGCCAUCACCUCUCUGCCCACAGAAGCGGACAUCGAAGCGUCCGACAAGGGCAAGUCGAAGGACGACUCGGAGGACGAUGGCAUGCUGCAGAACGUCGACACGGACAUUUGGGUAUACGAGCAACUGCGGCGUCUGGUACUCGACCUCACAACGCCGUGGCUGACGGCGCUGCAGCAGGAGUGCGACCGGGACGCGCGGCCACAGACGUGUGCGGCCAUGAAUGCGGGCGACUGGAUGUACCUGUGCGCAUCGCACGGUGAGGAGAAACAGUGCUGCGCCAUCGACUACAUGGUGCAUACGCUCGACGGCGCCACGUCGCUGCUCAACUCGGCGCGCCACUUUCCCUCGCGCACGUACGUGCCCAACACGAGUCUGCGCCACUUUGGCAGCAUCGCCCGCCGGCUGAGCCGCAUCUUUGUGCACGCAUGGUGCUAUCACCGCGACACGUUCCUCGCGUGCGAGGCCGAAACCUCGCUCUACGAACGCUUCUACAGCCUCGUUCAGACGUACGACCUGACGGCCACCGAUAAUCUUCCGCCCCGACCCAGCGCUGCUGGUCACAGCGGCGAUGAGAGCGAGCUGUUCUCGCGGGGCCCGGUGGUGGCCAACGGUACGACGGCAAAGCGCGAGAGGAGCGGGACGGCGGCUCAGCGCACGUUGCCACAGAGCAUGCAGGCGGAUGCGGUGGGGCUCGUGCCUCCGCCCGCACCCAGUCCGCGCCCCACGGCGAUUCUCAGCAGACCAGACCACGACGAGGCAGACGACCAUGCGCCCAGCUGGGCUGCUGGGCCCACCGACGCGGACAAACACAGCUUCCUCUCGUCCAAUGACGAUGAGGAUGACGAUGAGGAGGAUGAAGAGGACCAAGAGGAGCAUACGCAGAAGCUCGCCGGUGUGAAAGAGGAUGACGACGCGACCAUCUCACUGCGCGGGGCGGCGGUUGCCGCUGCACUCGUCGAGGACGAGGUGAAGGCAGACGACGAGCAACCGACGAGCGAGACGGCAUGA